GCUUAGUCACAGUUAGUCAGUGUGAAUUGUGGUGCUGUCGGUUUCGGUUAUCAAGUCGUCUGCUGUAUUUGUUGUCAUAGAUUUAUAGUUAAAAAUUUUAAACCACAGAGUUUACUAUUAAAGCAGUGUUAUACUCUUUUCUCCCACUUGAGUAUUCAAUUGCCUAAAUAAGUAAAGCAGAUACACUUUCACCAGUUUGAAAAUAGAACAAUGGUUCUCAAAAAUAAGAUGCAUGGAGAGAACGGCGAGAUGUUGGACCUAGCUUUGCGGGUGUGCCGGGGCUACUUGAAUGGCCCCUGGAAGAAAAUUUCGCCUAAUGACAUUUCUGUGAAAAGGAUUAGUGGGGGCCUAAGCAACUGGCUGUACCAGGUUUCGCUGACCAAGCCUCUGGCCAAGCCGGCCGAGCCUGCCCAGGUGCUCCUGAGACUCUACGGCCAGACUCACGGUGAGCGUGCGCUCGAGAGUCUCAUCACCGACUCGGUCAUCUUCACGCUGCUGAGUGAACGUGGUCUGGGUCCCAGGCUUCACGGAAUCUUUCCAGGCGGUCGCAUCGAAGAGUAUAUUCCGGCUCGCCCGCUCAAGACUCGUGAGUUGGCGGAUGAGAGACUGAGUCCGCUGAUAGCUACAAGGCUGGCCGCCGUACAUUCGAUGCACGUACCCAUCAACAAGGAGCCCAGAUGGUUGUGGGAUACUACAGCCAGGUGGCUUCAAACUAUUGAUGAAGCUAAACUAAAAGAAAAUCAUGUUGUUGAUGAAAAUCCUAUCGCCGAAACCCUUUACAAAUUGGACCUGCAGAAAGAAGUGACCUGGCUCAGGGAAUACUUGAUUAAGAUCAAAUCACAAGUGGUGUUCUGUCACAAUGACCUACAAGAAGGAAACAUUCUGCUACGAGAAGAUCAGGAAGAGCCGUCUCUGGUCCUGAUAGACUUUGAGUACUGCUCGUACAACUACCGAGGAUUUGAUCUGGCCAACCAUUUUAUUGAGUGGACCUAUGAUUAUACCAAGCCUGAUUAUCCUAACUUUUCUGUCCACAAGGAGUACUAUCCAUCCGAGGAGCAGAUGAGAGUGUUCCUGGAGCGCUACGCACACAGUGUUCCUGGACAAUCUCCCCCUUGCAUUGAAAUGCUAAUCCGUGAGGUCCAUCAGUUCACUCUGGCAUCCCACCUCUUCUGGGGUCUCUGGGGUGUGGUCAAUGCCAAACGGUCGCAGAUUCCCUUUGGAUACUGGGAAUAUGCAAAGGAGCGCAUUGACUCAUACUUCCAGCUCAAGUCGGAGCUUGUGGGCUUCGAUACUGGGAUAAAAAGAAAGGCAGCUGACCUGGAAUGAAAGGGAUGAGGUAGAGGUAGGCUACGUUAUCUGCACAGCCUCCCACCUCCGUCCGGUACGGGCCACUACUUGCCUCCAGUGUAUCUCUCCAGUUUUUUUUGUUGAAAAAUUUGAGAGAUAAUUGUUUAAAUCACAAUCAAAGGCUUAAUUACACAGUCAUUAAUUCAGAGAAUGUAUUCUUUGCUUUUAAACGGAGAUCAUUAAACACCAUCUUGCGAUAUACAAAUUAAUCCGAGAAUUAGAGUGACACAUGUACUGGUAAAUCAUUAAUAGCAAUAUGACCUUGUGGCCAUUGAGAGGUCUCUCGCUCAAGUCAAUCAGACUGAUUGGGUAAAAAAAAGUAGUUUUCACGCUGCCUUAACUCAUCUCUUCUAUACACAAAGAAAAUAUUUUAUAGAGAUCACAAUUUUAACACUAUUAUUAUGAUAGUGGAUUGGAGAUUUGUUUCUCCAGUUUUCAUGGUCAGCAUUAUUGUUUAAUCCAAAAUUCCAUAGUUGAUUUCAGUAAUAGAAAAAUAGUGUUUCAUUAUACAAAUGAAUACACUUUUAUUUGUCUGAAAUGUCAGAAAAGAAUAGUUUUCUCAGGUUUUGUAGGGUAUUUAACUCUUCAUUGCAUUUCUCUCUUAAUUAGUUCAUAAUGUUCUUUUUUUACAAUAAUUCAUUAUUAUUUCAACGUGUUUAUUUUAUUUAGUCUAUUUAGUUUCUUAUCUUUAUAUGAAAUUGCAUCUGAGAUAUACGUUCCUACCGUUAAGAAUCUCUGAGUUAUGAGUUGCCUGUUUCCAACAAACGUCCCCAGUCCUAUCCGUAAACUGAAGUUAGAUACUGUGCGGCGAGCUUCUUCUCUGGUGAAACGCACAAACUUGGCUCGGUGCUGCACAGAGAACAUUGCCUUGUCAACCAUUCCGACGGUCAGCCGGCGGGGAGUGGGGGGCUGAGUCUUCAACCUUGGCUGUGUCUUGUUCUUGCUUCUUGUCAACUGUUAGCUCACAAGAGUGUAUACUUAUUAUGUCUACUUUUAUACCGAUUGUUAGAGUCCUAGCCGCUCACUAUUUGUCAAUCUUCGCUUGAGAAGCUUGCUGUUAAAAUCUGUUGUUGAAACGCCUCAAACAACAAACUUUGAGGGCUAUGUUUUUUUUCCAAAUUUCUCAACUCGUGUGUUGUACCGAUGUUUUUGAGUCGUAUUUUAACAAAUCUAGUUCAAUUAAAAAAUAGGGAUUGACAAACAGUGAGUGGAAUCAGAAUAUAAGAGACCAAAACUGUUCGACAUCGCUACAAAACCAGGCUUGUACAUCGAUCAUUGACAGUUGAUCGUUCCGUUAUGUAGAUGUGGAAAAUGUUUGAUGAAUAUUACUUAAAUGAGGUUAAUAUUUUUCUAAAUGCACAGAAACCAACCAUUAUUGUAAUCGCGUAGGCUAAUGCACCUGCUUGAGUAGUGGGUUCACGUCUUUCAGUAUUAUUCGUGCAUUUUCAUCAUGCUGUUUUCACUCUUAGAACUUUAUUUCGUUAGGUAUUAUUUUUGUAUCUCUAUUUAUUUUUUAGUACUUAUAUUGUUUCAGACGUUCAUUUAUUUAAUACAGUUAAACUCAUCUAUUGUGUACUGUAUAUAGAUUUUUGUACUGUUGUAUUAUUGUAUUUAUAACGGAACCUAUUUUAGAUGCAUUACGUAUGGAUCUCUCUGAUGAGUUGUCUUGUGGUAGAAGUUUUACUUCGUACAUGAUCUAGUGAGAUUUAUAGUUAUUUUUUGGAACAGAUUAAACCUAGGUGCUAUUGACUUUUAACAUAUCGAUACAUUGCACACGGUUAAGUAAGCGAUUCAGUCCUUAUUGUAUGUAAAUAACUAUAAAUAAGACUGAGGAUCCCAAAUGUUAGGCAUUAGUUACAGAAGUUACUUAAAGCCAAAAUGCCAAUAGGUGUUGUGCUGUGAUGUAAACUUUAGUUCUUAUCUCAUAGACCCUUUUCUGUUUCAUACUUAAUUUACUAUGUUGAUUUAGUCAGUGUCUUAGCUGUAAAUUUUUCUUCCAUUAACUUUUAACAAAAGGGUUUGAAUAUUUAGUCCGAUUUAAUAUAUUCCUGAUUUAAAUUUGUGGCAUGUAAAGUAGUGAUAUUGUUUAUAGAUUUAUUGCCUAUUGGUUUUGGCUGACUUGUUAACCUAUUUUAUUUUUUUGUGACUGUUGUAUAUUGUACAUUUUUAUAUUUAUGUUGAUGUAUCUAAAAAAAAUGUUAGUGUAUAGAAUAUGUAUUUUAAAAAGAUAUAAUAAAAUAUUUAAAAUA